AGUAUUAAGCAGCAGCAGCAUCGCUCUGUUUAUCGUUGAAAGUCACUUUUAAAGUACUACAACUCCCAUGAACAUCAGAGCGACUGGGCCAUCAUGGCCGCUUGCUGUAUAUUAGCCGGGGAGCUGCUUCAUAACAUCAAAUUAAUACCUUAUUAUCAAAAAUCUUCCUGUUUGUUUAUCAGAUGGAUCAGCACAUCUAAGUUUCAAUGCAGCAGUCAGCCGCUGGAGAAAAGCACUCUGCAGCAGCUGGUUGGAGUGGUCGGUUUGGAAAUCCACGCGCAGAUUAGCUCAAACACCAAACUGUUCUCUGGCUCCUCGGUUCAGUUUUUAGCUCCUCCAAACUCCUUGGUUUCGUUCUUUGACGUGUCUUUGCCCGGAACUCUUCCAGUCCUCAACAAGCGAUGCGUUGAAGCAGCAGUGAUGACCGGACUGGCUCUCAACUGCACCAUAAACAAGAAGUCAGUCUUCGACAGGAAACACUACUUUUAUGCCGACCUUCCUGCUGGGUACCAGAUCACACAGCAGCGCCGCCCGGUGGCGGUGGACGGAGUGCUCACCUACAGCUUCCUGGGAGGGAGGAAGAGGAACGAGGUGAUGAGGAAGAAUGUGUACAUCAAACAGAUUCAGCUGGAACAAGACAGCGGCAAGAGCCUGCACGAUGACGUCAACAGUCAGACGCUCAUCGACCUCAACAGAGCAGGUGUUGGUCUGAUGGAGCUGGUGAUGGAGCCCGACAUGAGAUGUGGAGAGGAGGCCGCUGCAGCUGUCAGAGAGCUGCAGCUCAUCCUGCAGGCGCUGGGUACCUGUCAGGGCAACAUGUCAGAGGGCCAGCUGAGGGUUGACGCCAACGUGUCGGUGCACCGGCCAGGCGAGCCGCUGGGCACCAGGACGGAGGUGAAGAACAUCAACAGCAUCAGAUAUCUGGCCAGAGCUAUAGACUUCGAGAUCCAGAGACAGACGGAGGUGGUGCAGAGAGGAGGGGUGGUGCUAAACGAGACCCGGGCAUACGACUCCAAAUCAGGGGAAACUGUUGCUAUGCGGGACAAAGAAGGUCUUCAGGAUUACAGGUUCAUGCCGGAGCCCAACCUGCCCCCUCUGCUGGUGUUUGAGGAUGAGGCGUCACUGCCUGCGGGUGUGGAGGCGGGGCAGGCAGUGCUGCUGCGGACCCUGAGGGCAGGGCUUCCCGAGCUGCCCAGCGUCAGGAGAGACAGGCUGGUCCAGACGUACGGCCUGCUGCCAGAGCACAGCUUCACUCUGGUGAAUGAGGAUGGCUUGAUGGAGUACUUUGAGGCGGUGAUGAAGGGGACCAGCAGGGAUCCCAGGAAGGUGAUUGGCUGGGUGACCAAUGAGUUGCUGGGGCUCCUGAAGCAGCAGGACCUGAGCGUGAGCCACAGCUCAGUCCCUCCUGCUGCCCUGGCUGAGCUGCUGGAGCUGCAGGAAGCAGGACGCAUCUCCUCCUCUGCUGCCAAGCAGGUGUUCCAGGAGAUGUGGAGGUCGCCAGGCAAGGCGGCGCCGCAGAUCAUCCAGGAGCGGGACUUGGGGCUCGUUAGCGACGACGCCAACCUUCACCAAAUCUGCCAGAAGGUCGUAGACUCACAUCCAGACGAGGUUCGAGCCGUCAGGAGCGGAAACCAGAAAGUUCUGAAUAAGCUGAUGGGUCUGGUUCAGAAAGAGACCAAAGGCAGAGCCGACCCGGUUCUGGUCAGGAAAAUCCUCCAAGAGAAGACUUCAUGACAUCAUCGUCUUCAUCCCUGACUUUUACCGAGGCUGAAGAAGACGGUUCACCCCAUGCUGCAGCAGCCUGACCACAGAGCGCCCUCCUGUGGUUGAAGCAUGUUAUGAUUUGUCAAACACUGGCACAAAUCUUGUUAAAUAUUCAUUUUCUCUGACAUGAAGCUCUCAGUGGUUCCUCUGGUUGAUUUAUAUUUAAUGUAAACAGAGUCCAUCAGCCGCUGAGGGCAGCUGGAGUCUGUCGGCUGCUUCUGAGAGAAGAGCAGAGAAAUAAAAGGUGCUGCAGAUAUCACAGGAUUUAGUUUUUAAUAAAAACAGUGCUGUGAAAAGUAUUUCCCCCCUCGACCACUUUUUCUGUUUUUGCUCUUCUGUCACAUUUAAAUGCUUUCAGUUAGUUCAUCAAGCAAAUUUUAAUAUGCAAUAUGCAUCCAGCAGUGUGAAUCAGGAUGUUAUGCAGUUCUCUUUGCCAUGUUGUGCAAUAAUUCUCUAAUGUACAAAAACAAAUUCAGCCAUCUUCAUUCUUUGAAAUGAAUAAUCUGACAGAAACGGUUCCUGGAUCUUAGACGUCCACCAAAACUACAGCAGCAAGUUAGACAAAUUAUACGUUUGUAUAAUUUGUAUUACAUGUUUACUAUGACCAUCUGGCUUACAAUUUUCUUUCUCCAAUUUAAAACCUCCCUGCUUUUAAAAUUACAUAUAUGUUUAAAAUAUGUACCGAUUAUGAAAUUACAAAUAUUUU